UUAUGGAAGCAACAUUCAUCUCUUUUUAGUUGUCCACAUCGUGAACAUGCGGUUCUUGCUGAUAUUUACUUUGGCGCUUGCGGCAGAGAGCGUGGUUGUCAAGAAUAAAAGCGAGGGAGAUAAGAAACAACAGAAGAGAGGAAAUGUAGAAACCAGCUCCAGUGGUGUUUCCGGGAGCACUGGAUAUAGCAUCGGCACAGCUGGGGAACUUGGCAGCGCCGAAAAGUACAGCUACGGGGGAUAUGACCUGAGUUCUGGAAGCACUGGCCUCGGUUCCGGAAGUAUUGGUGAUGGAAAGUUUGGCCUUAUAUCAGGAAGUACGGGCUAUGGAAAAGUUGGCCUUAUUUCAGAAAGCACUGGUCAUGGAAAUGUUGCCCUUAUUUUAGGAAACAUUGGUCAGGAUAAUCAUGGCCUCAGUUCCGCCAGGGGGCUUCUUAGUUCCGGGGGCUACGGUCUUCGAGGAUACAAUUUGGGUUCUCACCUCACUUCCGGCAGCAUUGGUCCUGGAAGCAUUGGCAUCAGUUCCGGUGGAAGCUCCGGUAAGGUUAUUUUACUCGGUUCACGUGGACUUGGACAUAGUUCUGGACUUGAAGGAAUUGGUGUUGGCUCCGGAAUUUUCGGUGGAGCUGGAUUUUAUGGUGGCAUUCCUAGUACGGACAGUGGAACAGGUCAAGUUCAGGUAACAACCGUGACACAAAAAGUACCAGUCCCUGUCCCUCAGCCAGUACCAGUCAUAGUUAACAGACCCGUCCCUGUGUCCGUCCCUGCUCCCUACCCAGUGGAAGUGCCUCGGCCUGUCCCAGUGUCUAUUCCCCAAGCAGUACGUGUUACCGUGAUUAGGCCCUACCCUGUCACCGUCAGUCGUCCCGUCCCUGUCCCUGUGCCUCAGCACGUUCCGAUAGCCGUAGCUAGCCCGUACGCUGUUGCGGUCCCUCGGCCUGUACCCGUGCAAGUCUCCCAACCUGUGGCUGUUGCAGUCCCGUUGCCUCAGCCGGUACUUGUGUCGUCCAUUAGUGAAAGUGGUUAUUCUGGUGGUGUAGGGGGCCUCAGUUCGUCUGCCGGAGGUGGUUACGCCACUGGAUCAAGUCAUGGUUCGCCUGUGUCUUCAAUUGGAGCAGGUGGUUACGCUGGUGUUGUAGGGCCGCUGGGACUAUCAUCCGGAGGUGGCUAUGCAUAUGGAUCAAGCUAUGGUUCUGGUUUAAGCCUGGGACACGUUUCAACGCCUCUGAAAGGAGUGUACGUUCCGAGCUACCUGGGCGGCCUUCAUGGUUCUUCCGGCGGCCAAAGUAGUUCCCAUGGCGCUUCUGGAGGUUAUGGAAGUGCCGAUUAUGCGGGUAGCUCAUCGGCAGGAUCCGGUUAUGGGAGUUAUACCAAGAGCUAAACGUGGAUCAUGAAAGUAGGCUUUAGUGAUGACACCAGGAAUAUAAUGAAUAAGUAUGACAUGCCAUGACUGAAAAAUGCGAUUUCAUUAUAUUUGCGCUUAAAAUUGACACCAAGUCAUCAUUGUGAUAAGAGUUGUGUUUUUCAGUGACCGCAAUCUUCAGUGUAAAACCGUUGGUUCAUUUAUGUGAGACGAUAACAUCUGUGUAAUA